AUGUCAGUCGCUACAAAGAGCUAUGUCUCCUCUUACGGAAAUACACAUAAUCCCGACGAGGCUACGGCCAGAUCCACCCCCAGCUCACCACGGGGCUCUGCUGCGCGAUCUCAACCGCCGUCACGGCCCACUCAUUCUCUCCCGACUCCGGCGCACAGCGUAGCGGGCACGAAUUCAGGCUUCGAUUUGGUGGACGACGCUGACCAGCAUCGCGAUAAGCGACAGAGGCGUGACUCCGGAAGAGAAGACCAGGCGGAUCAAAUGGAGGUGGAGCCAAUCACACACGCCACAAACCAUGACCGGAACGACGUGAUGGAGGUAGACGGAGGGGACAAGAUUGCUGACGGUGUGAGCGCAGCACAUUUAAUGGUGGACGAGAAGACGCUGGAACAACUACAGGAAGACAUGGGCGACGCCUUUCUUCUCUGCAGAUCCAAAGUCGAGCGUCAGAGACCCGAUCCGCAGCAGCAUCUGCUCGCGUUGUAUGGUCUCGGUCCAUUGCUACACAGCGUCGCUCGCACGGAUCCCAGGACGGGCGAGAAGAUCAACAAACUCCGCAAAUCAUACGAGGGUCAAAUCAAGGGUUUCAACCUGUCUGGACGGAACAAGCCUGUCAAAGGCGAACGGAAUGUCGAGGAGGAUCAGCCCGGCCCGCUACGACGGAUGGCAGGAUCGUCCAUGUGGGGCCUCCAACCGGAGGAGCAGUGGAACGCCGAGCACGCAAAGUCCAGAAUCGAGGUCACGCCGGAUUUCAGGGCCAAGUUGAAGCAAGCCGUGCAGAUGCAGCCUGGGACAGUUCGAAACAAUGCCCACUGGGAGGACGUUCUUGGGUUCGAGAGAACGAACGCGCGGCCACCUCCCCCGACUCAAUCACAAAGUCAACCGGCGAUACCUCGACCGCUGCCGAAUGGGGUGAUGCGGCCAACGCCGCAACAGAACGCGGACGCAAAACGGCAGACUCGGGGCAAGAAGCGCAGUUACGGCGAUGACAGCUUUGUCGGGUACGGCGAGGGAUAUUCGGAUCCAGAAGAUGGAGAUGGCGACGAGUACGGCCAGAGAAAGCGGAAGAAGUUAACGGGCACAGAUUAUUGA